AUGGCGCAGGGCGAGGCCAAGGGUUAUCCCCGCCCUUCUGAUACAUCCGCUUCCGGGGCCGCGGCAGUCGCACGUAGGGAUUUGUCCGGCCCGCCAGUCGACUCUGGGUGUCCGAUUCGGCCCGCUGCAGUUCGUCACUGCCGUUCGCCCUCGCCUCGCUGCCCGCCUUCGGAGCUAACCAUGCUGGAACACCUCAGCGCGCUCCCCACACAGAUGGAUUACAAAGGACAAAAGCUAGCUGAACAGAUGUUUCAAGGAAUUAUUCUUUUUUCUGCAAUAGUUGGAUUUAUCUAUGGGUACGUGGCCGAACAGUUCGGGUGGACAGUCUAUAUAGUUAUGGCCGGAUUUGCUUUUUCGUGUUUGCUGACACUUCCUCCAUGGCCCAUCUAUCGACGACAUCCCCUCAAAUGGUUACCUGUUCAAGACUCAGGAACAGAAGACAAGAAAACAGGGGAUAGAAAAAUUAAGAGGCAUGCUAAAAAUAAUUGAUUGGGGUUUUCAUGACUCAACACCCACUUUUCGUUUUCUCUGAGAUGAGCUAAAUUGCUAUCAUAACCAAAUAAUGAGCUUAAAACUCCCUAUGCUCAUAAACACAAUUGCAUAUUGA